AUGGACACCCUCACCUAUGUAUGCAAGGAGCGGCAUGCUAAUGCGGUACGGUUUGAGGUGCCACUUAUCUCCGUUAAGGCACAUGCGUUUGGUGACGAUGUGCCUGCGUUGAUGUCGUCUCAUCGCCGAAUUCUUUGUAUGAAUGUGAAGCAAUCGAACCGGCUUCGGGUUCUUAACCGUCAAGGCAAGUACGCCGAGACAGAUGUGCGUGCGCCGGUGCUCCGUCAAUUGGUCUCCUCGGAGGGUCACCUGGACCACUGCGCCUUUUUCGCCGUUGGUGGAGAAGAGGUUUCGCGACUGAAGCCUGUGAAUCACGCGAAUGGAGAAAUCCAAAUCCUUUUACGGGAGUUGAACCUACGGGAAGAGCUGUACGGAGUUGCGGUGGGCAGCGGUGACAUUGCCUAUGCGUUGGGAAAAGCACACAUUUUUGAAGUGGACAUGGAGACUGCCACCAAAAAGGCGGUGAUGGAUCUUGCGUCGAAGACAGUUGUGAGGUACCCGGUAAUCGCCUAUCACCACGAGGCGAAGUUGUUGCUUGCCCCUGCGAAGCAAAACUGCCUCGACCUCAUCUCCACCAACACCCGCAAGAGUAUUCUGCCGAAGGUGUGGGAACCACAUGGGGGAUUGGUCCCGACAACAGCCUUUUUUGUGCAGUUUCAUGCCUUUGAAAAUGAGUCCGCUGGAAACAUAUUUAUUGUCACAGGUGCCUGUGGCAACACGGAGCUCCGUCUCUGGUGCUACAAUACGACGAAGCAGACCUUUUCACUUAUGCAAGAUCUUUGCAUCUCGGUCGAAAGCGUUGCUGAAACGACGUCAGCUGCAAAUGAAAAAGAGGAAUUUUUCCUGGUCAGUUAUACGCCCACGGAGGAAUACAUCACGUUGUGCUCCAGGCGUCAUCCACUUGCAGUUGUGGUGGAAUUACAUCAAAAUAACUUCAAGAUAGAUCGUAUCACCUCAUGGAAAUUGCAAGGUCCUGUACUUUCCAGUGUGGCGAUGGUAGGUAAGGUCGCGGAGUCGGCUCUUAGCGGGUCUGUAGGGUACCAGCUAAUGCUUGCUGUUCGUACCGCAAGCGGUUUUUAUGAAGAAGUCUUGGAUGUAGAAAAGCUUGUUGGUGCUUCCAAUACAGCCGCAAUAAAACAAAACUCUGUUGCCGCGUGGUUUCCAGAUAAUGAGACGGAAGUCAGUGUUAUGGCAACGGGCCUUCCAACGGCAUUAACGGCUGUGUCCUCCUCUGUUUUGGGCGACAAGACGACGAAUGCGGUUUCGCAGGCUAUGGCAUCGAGAAUAGUGCGUCAACAGGCAUCUCAGUUCUGUGACAAAUUACGUAGCAUCGAUGAGCGUGUGGUGGACCUGCAGAAGCGAGCCUCGGAAGUGAUGCGGCUCUUUCAGGAAGCACGUGCAAGAGAGGAAGCACAGACGAUUGGCCGCAAGUUUGCGGCACGCAAUAAAGGACGAUUGGAGCUGCAGCAGCCACAAGCGCAAUCCCCAAAAGCGGAAUCCCCCGACACCCUCAAUGCAUCUCAACAAAACUUUUUGGAUCAAAUUCACUCCAUGUUGGACGAAGUGGAUGCGGCGGCGGCGGAGUCAGCGCAGGAAACCGUGAAGGUACUCCUUACCCAACGCCUGAAGGAUGCGGUGGCAAAGGGUGCGAAGGAAGCAGAGCAGACGGACCUUGGAAUUGUGGCCCCAACUAUUCGCUCUACCGAUAGCAUGCAAGUUUUUAGUAACGCCAUUGAUUCCGCCAUGCGGUUACUUGUUCGUGCCAUCAAGGACCAACAUGCUAUGAUGCAGUCUCCCCUUAAGGCGUCCAUCACCGCCUCCACCGAAUGUGCUACCAAAGCCAAGGAGUUUGGUGCAUCGCUUAAAAAUGAGAUGCAGAAGCUUUUAGAUGAGAUUAACGAAACGAAAAAAGCCGUAUCGCAAAUGAAUGUUACGGCAGUACAGGUAGACCCCGACGUUCUCGUAUCGAGGGCUGUUGCAGCAGCUGAGGCAAAUGAUUGGAGCACUGCCUUUACGAUUGCCUUGGAGGCAUCUGACAUUACCGUGUUGUUGGGUUUUCUAGAGCACAAGGUGUGCGUGGAUAACAUGUCUACAAUUGUUCGCCCACAGAAGAUCUCGUUGCCUACUUUUCUGAGUCUGUGUCUGCAGUUAUCUUUUGAAUUGGAUACGCAGCCGGGGUCUAUUCCUUUGCGGAUUCAACUUUUGCAUCUCUUCUACGUGGAGUGGGAUGAUGCAUUAAAAGAGAUCAAGCAAAAAGCAACGGGAAAUGCCAGUCAGGAGAAGUUGAUGUUUGAACUCACAAAACGGGAGAUUCACAAUGUUUUGGAGCAGCUGGCUCUUGUCGAGGACCAUUCGCUCGAUCGCCGCAGCCGCAAUCAACUUCGUCUGUUGAAGAAACUGAUGAACUCUUUCCUCGCUGAGGCGUGA